AUGACCAGGCCUGAGUCCCACAAGAAGGAGCCUUUUGGAAAGAGAGCUAAGAGUUUUCCUUCUCUGCAAAAUAAUGUUUAAUUGUUAGGAGCCUACAUGUAGUUUAAAAUAUAUUUGUUAGAGGACGAUAAAAAUGCUUUUGUCAAAGAAUAAUCCAAAAUAAGAUCUUGCUACAGAUCUUUAAGAUGUGACCAGAAAAGCUUACUAUGUCACCACACAGGAAUAACUUCUGCCUCAACAGAGAAGUUUUUGUGAAGCGUUUCUAUGCUCAAAAGUGAUUUCAUUGAUUUAUUAUAUUUUUGCGUGUCAAUUAAGUUGUAAAUUUUUGACCAUUGAGGUAAAGUGUUAGGUCACAUGUAAUAGGAGGUGGCAUAGAAUAAUUAAAUCAGUUCUGUGAACAGGAUGUAUCUAAUUAGGUAUUUCCAGGGCGUUAGGCACGUAGUACCCAUGAAUCUUUAUGGAACAAGCCUUGAAUCCCACAUGGAAUUACAUAUCUGGGUGUGGAUUUCCUUUGCUAAUAAAUGUAGUUUUUUUUAUGGAAUAGAAGAGAUGGAUCAUAAAAUGGAACGUGUAAUGCUGAAUUGUCAACAAUAACACCCGAAUCAAGUGAAAGCAUACAGUCCAAGAACACUGAACCAGCAUGUGUGUGUAACGAGUACGCUUACAUGAAUCAUUGAGCUUCCUGCGGCCGCAUGGCAUCUUGGGAACAGCUUCCUCGUGUGUCGGCCAUGUUGUUAACAUAGUAAAUUGUAGCUCUGUUCUUGGGUUAAAUAUAAGAUGAUGUUUUGGUACCUGACCGCCUAUUUAGCUAUCAUUACAGUGUGGAAUUUUCAGUAAUGUAUGCAGGAAAUUCUGGGCAGAAAGCCUCCAAGAACAAUCCUCCUUCACAAUCUUAAAACACCUUGGGUAAAUAUUCACAAAAUCUGAUGGCUUAAUCAUUUUCUGGCCAGCUCCCAUAGAGAACAUUAGCCACAUGCGAACUUUCUGAUUGUACAUGCAGGGGCAGGACAAAAUGGCUGACGAUGUGACACCUUCUGUCAAGCAAUAUAAGUUUAGUUACAGAUUAAGUAUUGAUAACAUCCUAGUAAACAUUAACUGUCGUGAAAUUGUAAAUGAUUGUCAUAGAGCAUGUGUUAGAUUUCACAACUUGUCAACAAAGUCCACAAUUGAUUUGCUUUGCAAGAGAUGUUGCAAUUGCAUGUGUUUAGUCUGCUAAAUAAGGAAGGAAAACCUGUUGUUGGGAAAUAAUAAUUUAAUAUAGGAUUAUUACAAUAGGGUUUUAUUGUACUUGUGAUUGUAGGAAAAAUACUAGCUUAGAUACACAAGGCAAACUAUAAAUAGUAUUGUAGACUGUAGUUUAAGUCAGAAUUGUGAAAACCAUCAGAAUUAUCAAGAUCAUCAGAUUGUGAAGCUUAAAUUGUGGUGAUCAUCGCAAAUAUACCUAGAAAAACAAGAUUGCUUACAGUCCUCUUUGAUGGAGUUCAUCAGCGACUGCAGAGAUUCCAUGACACCUUCUGAAGCCAACCAUGUGAGAAAGCCGCAUGCUUAUUAGAAAGUAUCUGCACGGUAAUUUUUCCAAAGGUUGAGGAAAAUAUAAAAAUUGAAAGCAAAUUUUUGUCAAACCUGACAAACAAAAACAAUACAAGAGUAUGAGAUGGAAUAAAAAACAAUGUAAAUGACCUUGAUAUUUGCCACUUCAGGAGAGAGGACAGGAGGAUGAAGAAAACCAGAGUGUCGUCAACAUACUACAAAAAAUAUCAUACAGCUCAUUCAGCUAUUUCUAAUAGUAUCCAUACAGGUUUGCUGUUUGAACACCCUCCACAGAUACUGAAAAAAUUCCGACAAUAGAAUUUUAAAUUUGAUAACCAAGAAGCAUCAUGUAACUGUUUCCAAUAAAUUUAACUUGUAUUUAACUAAAGAUCACCUGCUUCAUCCUACUACAUUUGAGAGGUGAAAACCAGCAGCUAAAGGUAAUUAACUCAUCACCCUUAGAGUGUGAAGCAGGACAAUGGUGUGACUAGUGUUGCAAUACUGGGAUUUCCAACAUUGGAUCCCUCAAUUUUUUCAGAGACUAAGUUUUAAGUUUGUACAGCUUAUUUAAUGUCAAUUAUGCUUUAUGUUAAUAUAAUGCUUUCAGAACUUUAUAUUUAUACAGUUAUACAAAGGUUUUUUAUUUUAUCUUACGAGCCUUGAGAGCUUUCUUCUGCUACCUGUCCACAGACAGAUAAUUAUUGUUGUAUUACAUAACUUCAAUCUUAAAAUUUCUGUUUUGUAUACAAGUCGCAAUCAUUGUAAAUGGCUUAUUAAUUUUUAAUUCUUAACCUGAAGAAGGCCGAAUGGCUGAAACGUCAUGCAUUAAACUCAUCCAGAACAGUCAAGAGUUGGCCUCUUUGUUACAUCCUUAUAGUACACUUAACUACAAAUUCAUCAACCAAAAAUAGAGCGAGAGAGAAAAAGAAAGACAUACCCACAUCAUUUACAGCACUUGAGAACGACAAACAAACUCAUAGAAAGGAACAAAUUGAAAUGACAUGAAGAAAUUCACUGCAGUAAUUUCCAUCUUCCGGGGACUGAAAAGAAAUCAGGAAUUCUGGACUAUUGAAAACACUUACUUACACUCAACUGAGUUGGUAAGUAUAAUGACAAUCACUCUCCUGCUCCCACCCAGUCAGUUAAACAUAGUUUUUAUAUAUUUUAUAAUUACCAUGUUCAUGUUCCGAUGAUACAUGAAAAUAGGUAUUUUCAUGUUCUCGAUUAAGGCCAUGCUUUUACAAAUACAAGUACAAGUGCAACUGAACAGAUCACACAAUAUUAUUAUUGAUGCUACAAGUUAACCAGUCCAUCUAUUCGACACUGAAAAGAAAAAUAUUAAUGUGGAUAGACUGUUAAGAAUCGACAAAUUGUAAUUAUUUAGCCGUUCAAUGAUUAACUAGUUGUCUAGGUGAUUUUCACGAAUUUACCACUUAGUUGUAUCGUGGGCGCAUUUUUCGCACGUGUGAGACGAAGGAAGACAUGCUGAUUUGUGAGACUUCGCUGUUCGUUCUAACGUGAAAUUAAAAGGUGAAAUUUAUUGCUCUGUAUAAUGACCCCUUUGGAUACUGACCGUUCUGCCGAUUGAGAACAUAGAUAAUUUCACUACUUCUAUUAACUAAAGUAAUAAUCCAAGAUGAGGGAACAUGCUUAGUGAUGUUGAUCCCAGGCUCUCUCUAUUUUGGCACAUUGGUGAAGAUGUCCCAUUCAUUCAUUCAAUCAUGGUUGUCCCAUAAAAUUCUAAAUUCUAAUCCCGUUAAAAUGCAUUAUUUUUGCAUCAGAUGCAAUAAGAGUGUUUAUGAAGUUAAUCUUGAGUGCUUGCAAUAAUUAUAAUUAUUAUCGGACAUACCGUGAAAAGCGUAACAGAAUUACUUAUUUUUCCGGGCGCCAUAUAUGGUGCUGGUAGUUGGUAGAAUUCGUGAAAUCGAACGGCUGAUUCCAUCGGCGGAUUUAUCGGCAGAAGUUGGAAAUGGCUGAGGUUUCUGUGAGUUUAUGCGAGUAUGUAACUUUGUUCUUAAAACAGAUUUUGCUAUGGUUGCAAAACUUGGACAAGUGAAAAGUGUAAAGAAGUCCAAGCUCAGACAAGCCCUGAGAACCAAAGUCAAUUCUAUGAAAUUUAGUGUGUCCAACUCAGGAUAUUUUGUUAGCAAGACAUGUUAGAAAUGGAAAUGAUUAUACAUAGGUAUGACCCUGUUUUUUUUUUUGAUCCUGUGUUUGUAGCUGUGCACCCAUAGGUAAAUUACAUGGUUUACUUGACAGGUGGAUAAGGCUAAGAAGAAGCAAUCAGCUCAGGUGGCUUUGCCAGAUGAAGCACAAACUGAAAAUGAUGAGUGUACUCAGCCUGAAAACAGUGAUGGUGGUGAUACUGAAGGUGUGCUUUUAUCUGAUAGCUGAUAGCUGAUGUAGCAGUGCCUCUUCCCCUUCAACCUCAAUGCUGCCUUCAUCCGAGGAGGAUUAGAGCCAUAACACAGAGUCCUCAUUUCUUGUUAAGAUUAUCACUUUAGGGCCAGCUUUUACUUCUUAAAGCUCCUACUGUUAAAUAUUUCUUUUUCCUGCUAAGUCAAAUUUGUACUUACUGUUGUCCUGUCUGAGGAUUUUGUGAGGUAAGUUAACAUGCGCAGGUUUCUUUACAUUGUACCAGUUUUCUUAAUUACUAAAGAUGUCAGCCUAUUUCAUUGCCAGGUGUUAGGCAGUCAAAUCUUGUUCUGUAAAUUAUUGUCAUUUCUGAAGGAAGACAUUAAAACAUUCAUUAUUGAAGUGAUUUAAUUUCUGAACAUCAUCAUUAUUUCUCAGUUUAAUAGACUGGCACACAUAACUACAAUGCAACCAAUGAGCUAAUUUAGUAAUAUUGAAGAUAUAUGCCAAGAAGAAAAACAACUGAUGUGACACCCACGACAACCACAAUAGAAAGAAAUCCAAACCCAGAUAUGGCUCUACUAGGAAAACCACUUAUGGAAAUGGAAACAAUUUCAUCAAUGUUAACAAUCAAACCAUGAACGUUAUCAUAAAUAUCAUUAAGUGGUACUGCUUAAAAACCAACAAUGGUUACACAUCAAAACCCAGAAAUGUUCAGAGAAAACCAUUCAUGAAAAUAUACAUAAAAGAUUAGAAGAACCUUCCAUGUUCUCUUAAGAAAAAACACCAAUGUGUUUAGUUACAAACCAAAAUGGGAAUAUCUUAAAACUCAAAAAUGUUUUCAGGAUUAACAUUCAUGGAAAUGGAGGAAAAUCCCGUAAUGGUAAUAAUAGAAACAAAUGUUAAAAGGAAAAAACCCAUGACGGGAUUUGCUUUUUUACCACUAAUGGUAUAACUCAAAAUCACAAUAAAGGAAAAUUUAUUACCAUGAAUUUUUUCUGUAUAAAAAACAUUAAUGGUUUCAGUUCUGCUUUCCAUUAAUGUAUUUCAACAUGUUAUUCUAUCAUUUUCCAUUAAAAAAAACAAGAAUUAUUUUUAAUUUUUUCCUUGUGUCACUGACCUGUCAAAUUGGCAGGAAAAGUACAGAGCAACAUGGAUGUUACGAAUCAAGAUCUAUUAAGCUUAGUUUCAGUGAUUCUCCUGCUUAUUAUACGACAGUCCACCAUAAAUAUAACAAUUCAGCAGUUUUUUGCGAGAAGACACUGAUGAAGGCGUGAAAUUAGCCAAGUGCAUUGGAGGUCAUCUUAAAACACUGCAGGCGAUUUCCUGAAUUAGCUAUACUGCUCUAUGAUUGGCUGAGCAGAUAAACCAUACUUUUCAGUUCAGGAACUGUCAUGGGAAGUUCUUUUGUUCUUUUUGAUAUAUCCAUGGAAUUAACCCUAGCACAGGUUUGGUCUGGGGAAAGCCAUUACACACAAAAACGUCCUUUAAAGGGUUAGUGUAAGCUCAACUAAUGCUUUCAAAACUCUAUAUUAAUACAGUCAUGCGAAGUCCCUUUUUUUCUGACACAAACAAAUUAGUCAAACUUGGUUACUAAGUCUCAUGGUACUGUACCAUUGACCAUAGAAGACUGUUCACGUGUGAUCAAAAUAAUGAAAGCCAUAACCUCGCCAGUAUGACAUCCACCAACCAAAAAUAGAGAGAGAGAGAGAGAGAGAGAGAGAGAGAGAGAGAAUAACUAUAGCACAGAGCAUAACAUCCACUCCCUUAACAAAUGACACCAACAGGAUACUAGAACAGAUUAAGACCAACAUCCAACAAGUCUUCAACACCACCAAGACAGACAUAAGCAAAAGUUUGAGAAACUUAUUCGAGAAAAACAGGUGGCUGUGUCACCUGUUGAUACACCAUAUGUUGACAAAACUAACUGGGCUAUUAAUUUAAUUUACCUUCUAGGUCCCUUAGUGAUGCCGAGAUAGCCCUACUAAAGAAAGGACUGAACUAUGCUACAAAUAUUCCUGCCACAAAGAUCAUUACCAAGGUCAAAACAGCCAUAAAACAACUCAACACUGAACAAGCAGAUACUGUCAGAAGAGCUGUUAACAGUAUCCUUCAACAGGCAGAACCACUAGAGCCUAACCACAGCCUUUUUCACAAAACUAGUUUAUAUCUAUUUUAUAAUUGCCAUGUUUAUGUUCCAAUGAUACUGGAAAUAGGCAUUUUCAUGUUCUUGAUUAAAGCCAAAUUUCUUUUAUGAUUAAUAGACUUCUUUACUUUGUGUUACUGAACAGAUCACACAAUAUUAUUAUUAAUGCUACAAGUUAACCAGUCCAUUUAUAGGACACUGAAAAGAAAAAUAUUAACGUGGAUAAACAUUUUUACUAUUUCUAUUAACUAAAGUGAUAAUCCAAGAUGAGGGAACAUGCCUAUUGAUGUUGAUCCCGAGCUCUCUCUUCUUUGCCAAAUUGGUGAAGAUGUCCCAAGAUUCAUUCAUUCAUUCAUUCAUUCAUUCAGUCAUGGUUGUCCCAUAAAAUCUCAAUUCUAAUCUCCAUUAAAAGUGCAUUCUUCUUGCAUCAGAUACAGCAAGAGUUUUUAUGAAGUCAAUAUUGAGUGCUUGAAAUAAUUAUUAUGUGUAUAUGUAACUUUUUUCUUAGGACAGAUUUUGCUUUGGUUGCAAAACUUGGACAAGUAAAAAGUGUAAAGAAGUCCGAGCUCAGGCAAGCCCUGAGAACCAAAGUCAAUUCCAUGAAAUUUAGUGUCCAACCCAGGAUAUUUUGUAAGCAAGAUUAAUAUGGCUGCCUUUACAUUACUGGGAUUGUGGUAAGAUGGCACAAUUUUGUAUGAUAGAACUUCCUGUAAGCAGACACUCUUCAGAUGAGAAAGGAUCUCUACUUAAGAAGAUAAAGGUGAAUUUUUUGUAAGUGGUUGGCUUUAUAAGCCACAUAAUAUAACUAUAUCAACUUGACUAAUUCUCACCUUAGAAAUAUGAAUUUAAGCCAUAAGUUUUACUGAAGCAGUAUAGAAAAGUAAUUGAAACCCGUUCAAGUUAGUGAAUUACAUUGUUUUGCGUCUAUGAAUCCUAAAUCACAAGUAAAUUAAAUAUCAAGUCUUUUUUAAUGGGCAAAUUAUCUACUGGUGGUUGAUAUAUCAGUAAUUGAUCAUUUCUGUUGUUUCUUAUUUGAGAGUACAAGAAAACAUAAAGUUGCCCUAAAUAGGGAAACCACAAAGGGGAAGCCACUGCAGCUAGCUAACUGCAAGAACUUACUUUCUUUAUUAAAGUUUUUAUUCUAAAUUGUUUUCUAUCAUUUCCAUGUUAACUGACAGUACUUGUUGUCACUUCCUUUGGAUACACAUUGAAGAAUAAAUAAAUGGAGUCAUUUGAAACUCAGUCUUUUAUAAGUGACAAAUUUAUAUAAUUGCGUGUAAUGCUUACAAUCACUAAUCCAGAUAGAGGUUGGUGCACAAAUAUAUAAAGUAUUGAUCAGGAGAGGAACAAUACAUUAAUUUAAAGCAUGUAGACUAUUAACAGUUGCAGAGCAACUGAAACUGGCCUCCCUUGUUGAUUCAUGUAUUGCAAAUAGCUAGGCCAACUUUGUAACUACUUCAGUGAAAUGGAAAAAGCCCAAGAAAGCUCAGAUGAUAAACAAAGAAGAACCUACAAAAUAAAGCAAUCUUUUAAAAAGUACAGCUGCUCUUCUUGUAAAUACAUAGUACAAUUAUAUUUAUCAUGAUCUCUCCAUGGGAAAAAUAUUUUCAAAUACAUUUCUAAUCUUUUUGAGAAAAGCAACCAGAGCUGCUGCUAUCAAACAAUGGCCAGGCACCAGAAUACUAUGGCAUUAAUUAAUCAGACAAAGAACAGAAAGAAUUCAAAUGAAUUUUACUAAACAAUAUCAAAGAAUGUUUAAAGAUAAUUCAGGUGGUGCAUGUUAAAUGUUGAUUCAAGUUAAUUUCCACAUGACCUUUGCACAAGUGAUCAUGAGAAGUUGGCUUGAAUUUACUGGUUUGGGCAUAAGUUAAUACGAGAAUCGUUACUUUGUUAUUAUUUAUAAGGUGGUGUCAAGAGAAACCUUCUUUGGCCACCCUAA